AUGGAAGAAGGGACGGACGGACCCCCGUUUGAUGAUACGGCCGCUGUCGCUACGAACUGGAUGUGCGACUUUAUGUUCGCCAGCAUUUGUUUCUAUUUCAGAGAAGAUCGCACGGAGGAAUUCCAGAGGAGCGCCAAUGUUCUAGAAUGGCUGCUAGAGGGUUCUCGGAAAAUAGACGCACACAGGAAGACAAUACCUAUUGCACAGUUCCUUAUGCGAGUGUCCGAGGGGAAAAACCUGGAUUCCCAGUUUGACACAGAUGAGAGUCUGACACCUUUAGAAACCGCUUUAAUGACUUUUAAUCAAAUUGAAGAAGAAGAGGAUCUGAAGAAUCUCCAUGAAGAAAUUGAGCUGGUUUUAAAAGUGCAGGCAGUUGUCAUAUGCAUGGAAAAAGGAAAAUUCAAACUGUCAUCAGAAAUCCUCGACAGACUCUUUCAAGAAUCUGGGUCAAACACGUAUGUGAGAAUGAAGUUAGCAAUGCUGAUAGAGAAGAAAGAUCCAUAUCACGAGUUUCUGCAGAAUUUCACUUAUGCUCAAAUGAUGAAGAAAAUAAAAACUUACAUCACCCUGAAGAUGAAGGCAAGGCCACCAGUUUUUCUUUUGGAGGCAGCAGCCAAGGUGGUAGAAGCUGUGGCAAAGGGAGAGCUGGAGAUUCAGACAAAAGAAAGGGAAGAUUGUGAGACAAAUGAAAGUUUGGAAAAUAAAGAAGAAAAUUCUUCAGGUGAAUGUGAAGAAAAAGAUGUGCAAUCGUGCAGCAACAUUGACCAUCUGGAAAACAGAGAGGAGAUUUCAUCAAGUGAAUAUGAAGAGGUGGCUGAGCAGCAGAAAGCGUGUAACAGAGACAUUAACCAGAAUGAACUAACAAAUACUAGUAACAUACAGGAAACAACAGAAAAAUGCACAAAGAGGCACCAGAGACGGCUGUUCUCUAUAGCACAGCGCACACCUUGGAAUCCUGAAAAACCCUGCACUAGUAAAAGGUUACUGAGCAAUAUAAACAUAGGAAAGAGAAAUAGGGAGAAUCAAGAAAAUAUCAGUGAUGAUAGGACAGAAAAGCCCUUAAGUUCUAGUGCUCCUAAAAGGAAACAGCACUGGACGUGGGAAGAAGAUGAACUGUUGAAGAAAGGAGUAAGAAAAUUCGGAGUGGGAAACUGGAGCAAAAUUCUCAUUCAUUAUGACUUUAGGAACAGAACAGGAGUCAUGCUGAAAGACAGAUGGAGGACCAUGAAGAAAUUAAAGAUUGUUGAAAGUGAUACUGAGCCCUGA